CCUACACCUCCGGAGAUGCGUCAGACGUGUAUGGCUUUCUAGUUUGAGAGAAGCUCACCAGGAAACUUUACAUUCUGUCCACCAGGAAACCUUACAUUCUCUCCACCAGGAAACUUUACAUUCUGACCACCAGGAAACUCUAAAUUCUGACCACCGGGAAACUAUACAUUCUGACCACACAGGGAACUAUACAUUCUGAUCUAUUCUGAUAAAAAUAAGACGUCUGUGCAAAACGUGAACUGAAGACCACCAUCUGAAAAUCUGUAUGGCAUUAGCUGCUGUUGCAACUAUGAAAUGUGAAUUCUGCUCAAAGUUUUGUAGUAGUAAAUCUAAAUUAGAAAGACACACGCGCUUCCAUACUGGAGAGAGACCGUUCAAAUGUGGAAUGUGUUUCAAGGAUUUCUCUUCCAAGAGUAACAUUAAAACACACAUCAGUAUUCACACUGGUGAAAAACAAUUUGGAUGUGAUAUCUGUAAAAAAUCCUUUGCUCUCAGUUUCAGGUUAAAGCGACAUUUGUUGAUUCAUACUGGUGAGAAACAUCUUAAAUGCGAUGUGUGCACCAAAUGUUUUGCAACGACUACAGAAUUAAAACGGCAUAUAUUGAUUCAUACUGGUGAGAAACCUUUCAAAUGUGCUAUUUGCACAAAAGGAUUUACAAGCACUACAGAAUUAAGACGUCAUAUAUUCAUUCAUACUGGUGAGAAACCUUUCAAAUGUGAUAGGUGCACAAAAGGAUUUACAAGCACCAGAGACUUGAAACAUCAUAUAUUGAUUCAUACUGGUGAGAAACCUUUCAAAUGUCAUAUAUGCCCCAAAUGUUUUACAACAACUACAGACUUGAAGCGCCAUAUAUUGAUUCACACUGGUGAGAAACCUUUCAAAUGUGAUAUGUGCACAAAAUGUUUUACACAAAGCUCCAGUUUGAAAAUUCACAAAAUGCUUCAUACUGGUGAGAAACCUUUUAAAUGUGAUAUGUGCACAAAAUGUUUUAAACAGAUUUCCAGUUUAAAACUUCAUAAAAUGCUUCAUUAUGGUGAUAAACCUGUCAAAUGUGAUAUGUGCACCAAAUGUUUUACAACAACUACAGACUUGAAACGCCAUAUUGUGAUUCAUACUGGUGAGAAACCUUUCAAAUGUGAUAUGUGCACAAAAUGUUUUACACGGAGUUCCUGUUUGAAAAGACAUAAAAUGCUUCAUAAUGAUAAAAAGCUAUUCAAAUGUGAUUUGUGCACAAAAUGUUUUACACAGAUUUCCUGUUUGAAAGAUCAUAAAAUGAUUCAUUAUAGUGUGAAACCUUUCAUUUGUGAAGUGUGUGCAAAAUGUUUUACAACCAAUACAGACUUAAAACGCCAUAUAUUGAUUCAUACUGGUGAGAAACCAUUCAAGUGUGAAAUUUGCUCAAAAUGUUUUACACAGAAUUCCACCUUGAAACUACAUAAAAUGCUUGUUUGUGGUGAGAAAACUUUUCAGAUGUGAUUUGUGGACAAAAUGUGACCAAUUGAAAGACCAUAAAAUGUUUCAAUAUGGUAAGGAACAUUUCAAAUCAAUGAUCUACUGACAAUGAUCUGUCCCGAGUGAAUGAAUGUUGUAGACAUGGGCCUUUGGUGAACGUCAAGCUCUGGCUUCAGCGUAGAACCAAUCAAAUGUCAUCAUUUUAUAGUUGACCAAUCAGUGUCUGUAUAAGCAAUCUGCACACCAUGUAAUUAUCGAAAGAAAAUAUUAUCCCAGAUAUUUUGGGCCAUAUUCUAAUUGGAAAAACAAAAAAUCCUCAUUUCGCAUUGAACCAGACAUCACAAUAACUAGUAGUCCCGCAAAUAGAGCCAUUUAAAAAAGGCUUAGUUUUUGAGUAGGUAGUCACGGAAAGGUAACAUCUGUCCUCAUGGCUGUUCACAACUUUACUUAAUAACCGUUUAUUUAUUGAGGAAAAUAAUACCAUUAGUGAGGCCCAAACCACGUUCCGUAAAGGCUAUUCAACUACAGACCAUAUUUUUACAUUACAUCACUUAAUAGAUAUCUUGAAAAAAAGGAAAAAGAAAAUUAUAUUGUGCUUUUGUAGAUUUUGAGAAAGCAUUCGAUACGGUACCUAGAAUAUAACUUUGGCAUAAACUACUACAGCAUUAGAAUUAUCCAUCAAAUGUAUCAAGGUCUUAAAUCAAUUAUUGUCCUAAAUAAUUAGCAGUCUACUUUAUUCCCAUGUAACAAUGGUAUCCGUCAAGGUGAAAAUGUAUCCCCUAUUCUUUUCUCCCUGUAUUUGAAUGAUUUAGAAGAUUAUUUAUCUAGCCAUGGAUGUGAAGGGGUUUCCCCUACAACAGACAACCAAGAUCACCCAGUAGAUAUUGCUUUACACAUACUUUGCUUGUUAUAUGCAGACUAUACUGCCCUAUUAUCAACCUCUGCAGCAGACCUGCAACACAUCUUAAAUAUGUUUGAUCAAUAUUGCAAUAAAUGGAAACUUAAAAUAAACGGUAACAAAAUGAAAAUAUUGAUUUUUAACGGUAACACUAGAGACUAUAAACAUAAUUUUAAGAUUGGGAAAAUACAUUAGAAAAUGUGAAAGAAUACAAAUACUUAGGAAUUACUUUUACAAAAUUAAACAACUUUCGAGUUACUAAGAAUAGACUUAAACAGGCUACCAGGUCCAUGUACGUUGUACUAUCACAAUCAAAGGACAACUAUCUAUCAACCGAAUGUAAACUUAAAAUGUUUGACUCAGUGGUUCUGCCAGUUUUAUUAUAUGGAUGCGAAAUAUGGGGAUAUGAAAAAGUUGAUAUAUUUAAUUCUGUACAAAUAAACUUUCUAAGACGCAUCAUCAUACCUGUUAAGAAUGCAACACCAAUAUUUAUGCUUUAUGGAGAGUUAGGGAGAACGCCUGUCGAGUUAACUAUAUAUAGAAGAAUGGUAUGUUACUGGGCGCGACUGAUAUCAGGAAAACAAUCAAAAUUGUCUACUCUUUUAUACAAAAUUAUGUUAAAUGACCACCUUUCUAACGGAACUAACUAUAACUGGAUUAAUAUUGUUAAAAACAUGAAUGACUUAGGAAUGGGUGAUCUAAAUAAGACAAUCUUUCAUAUCAGUAAAUUGUCUCUCGCAACAAAUUAAACAAAGACAAUGAGAUCAGUAUUUACAAACAUUGAAAAAUAACAUAUCGCUGUCAUCGAGAGGCAACACUUACCGUUUAUACAAAGAACAACAAUUUUUCGAAAACUAUAUCAAUAAACUACCAGAAAAACUGGACAACACUUAAAAUUUAGAACGUCUAACCAUUAUCUACCCGUUGUAAUUGGACGUUGGAAUAACAUACUCAUAGAAGAUAGAAUUUGCACAUUAUGUAAUGUAAUGGACAUUGGCGACGAGUUCCAUUAUCUUUUUAUUUGCCAUUUUUUCCAUAAUUCAAGAGUCCAGUUGCUACA